AUGGCAGAGUUUCCAGAAAACUGGAAAAGGGCAAUAAGGAUAUUCAUUUGUGUACUGGGAAAGAUAGAGCAAAUAAAUAAGCAGUCAUGUCAAACUAACGUGAUAGCUUUGACAAGGUACAUAACAUGUGCAGAAUAUACACACUUUUAUGGAGGAAAGAAAGCAGAUAUUCCACAAGCAAAUUUUAGGCGUUUAUCUUUUGAUCACUGCAGUUUAUCUCUGCAACCAUUUGAGUAUCCAGUUUGCACACCAGAUGGAACAGUCUUUGAUUUGCUGAGUAUUGUUCCUUGGAUAAAGAAGUACGGAACCAAUCCAAUCACAGGGGAGAAACUAGAUGCCAAAUCUCUCAUCAAACUAAACUUCGCUAAAAACAAUGAAGAUAAAUAUCACUGUCCAGUGCUCUUCACUGUCUUCACCAAUAACUCUCAUAUAGUGGCUAUCAAGACGACGGGAAAUGUAUUUGCUUAUGAGGCAGUUGAGCAGCUGAACAUAAAAACAAAAAGCUACAAGGAUCUCUUGACAGAUGAACCCUUUACUCGGCAGGACAUCCUGACACUUCAGGAUCCAACCAAUCUGGAUAAAUUUAAUGUCUCCAAUUUCUUCCAUGUUAAAAACAACUUAAAAGUAACAGACCCAGAUGAAGAAAAAGCAAAAUUGGAUCCAUCUUACUAUCUGAAAAAUACAAACGCAGAGACCCGAGAGACUUUACUGGAGCUGUAUAAAGAAUUCAAAGGAGAUGAUAUUCUAGCGGCUACAAUGAAGGCCCCAGAAAAGAGAAAAGUUGAUAAGCUGAAUGCAGCUCACUAUUCUACAGGGAAAGUAAGUGCUUCCUUCACAUCCACUGCCAUGGCCCCAGAAACAACACAUGAAGCAGCUGCCAUUGAGGAGGAUGUUGUGCGAUAUCAAUAUGUGAAGAAAAAAGGUUACAUACGACUGCACACUAAUAAAGGAGACCUGAACUUGGAGUUGCACUGUGAUAUGACACCCAAAACAUGUGAAAAUUUCAUCAAGCUAUGCAAGAAGAACUAUUAUGAUGGAACUGUUUUUCACAGAUCAAUUCGUAAUUUUGUUAUCCAAGGAGGUGACCCUACUGGAACUGGAACAGGAGGAGAAUCCUAUUGGGGAAAACCUUUUAAAGAUGAGUUCAAGCCAAAUCUGUCCCACACUGGACGUGGCAUACUUAGCAUGGCAAAUUCAGGACCCAACAGCAACAAAUCACAAUUUUUUAUCACAUUUCGCUCCUGCACAUACUUGGACAAGAAGCACACAAUUUUUGGAAGAGUGGUUGGUGGUUUUGAGGCUCUGACAGCUAUGGAGAAUGUGGACAGCGAUCCAAAAACAGAUCGUCCCAAGGAGGAAAUACGAAUUAAAUCAACAACUGUUUUUGUUGAUCCAUAUGAAGAGGCAGAUGCUCAGAUCUCUGCAGAGAGAGAGAAGGCCCAACAAGAGGAGGAAGCAUCCAAAACUAAAACUAAGAUUGUCCUGCCAAAAAAAGAGAGCCAGGCUCCCAAAACUUACCGGGAGGGCAUUGGGAAGUAUAUUAAUAUGGCUGCAACAAAACGAAUAGCAGAUGAUGAUGGGCCUUCAACCAGUGUGGCUAUGAAGAAAGAGAAAAGGAGUACAGGCUUUGGGGACUUCAGUUCCUGGUAGCAGAGUGGAGAGCCUGUCACUGAAGCAGUACUGCAAAAAGGAGCCUCCCACCAAUCCAAAGGCGCCUGAAAGAUAGGCUGUCCUGCAGAGGGAAAGCAAUGGCUCAGUGGGAAAGAAAAAUUACUGCUUUGUUAAUGUUCCUUAAUGCAGCUUUGUUCUCCAGAGAACUACAUUCCUCCACUGAAUCUUCCUGGAAGGCCUGGGUGGUGCUGGGUUUCAUAGCCAUAGGCCUCUACUUCAAACUGUAGAUCAUCUAGGGCCUUUUUGUCUACUUUGCUGGUCUGUAGAACCAUCUCAUGCUGGGGCAGGAGCUCAGGGGAUACUUCCGUUGGUGAAUGAGCUCCUUUUGCAGGGAAUUGUUUCCACGUGAGACAGGUCACUGCAGCUGAGUGAAUUGGGGGAACUCUGAUGGCACUGUACCCCUUGCUUUAGUUUCUGUCUCAUCCCUUACCCCCAACCUAUUUGCUGGAACCCUGCAGCUCCACUUACUGUCCUUUCUCUUUCUACCUCCCUGUCUUUUGAAUGCCUGUGCAGCUCCCCUUGGUCUGUUCAAUGAUUGCCUGUGGACCUUAGCCAUAUGGCUCUUUGAUGGGCUGAGAGGUUGCUGGCAAUCAGCAUAAAUCCACAGGCCGAAAUGCUGCCAUCCAAACCCUGGGAAGCAGCUAGUCAGGACUGGAAGCCUAAUCCAGAGCCUCCACUCAUCACUGCAGAACAGUUAGGACACCAUUAUUGCCAUUGAAACACCGGUAUCGCUCUGUGCCACUUGUAAGGGCCAGAAGGCUUAUCCUUUCUUUAUCGCCAGUGCUGCUGUGUGUCUUCCGUUUGAUACAAGUGAAUAGCGAGCAGCAGCACUGUAGAUUGAUUUUUUUUUUUAAACGUGUCCUGAUCACCUCCACCGGUUCACUUAAUCUAAUUAAAUCCCUUCCAGAAUCAGCCCAAAAUAUAUUAAUAUCCUAGACUAUCCAGGCAGGCACAGAUUAAGAUGCUUCCAAACUAAAGAUCUUAGGAAGAAGGUACUUGUAUCAGACAAUAGCAUUUAAUAUUAACUCCUAAUAAUCUUCACCCUCUAUUUGUUACUGUCUUUGUGGCCCAAAGAAGUACUAGUCCUCCACGGCUCUACCUAGACGUUUUGAAUUAGCGGGAAUCCCCUCCUUAUUCCAUCUCAGGAGCUCAGAUAUGCUUUUGUAAUCAGAUUUGUAAAUAAUGCUUUUCUAUUAAGUUUCUUGCUUUAAAAGAAAUCUGCAUUUAUAUAAAAUUGCAGCUAAGUAUUCUGGUAAAGUAUUUUAAUUAAAAUUUUUAUUUCUUUUUGAACACUUGUCAAUGUGACUGAUCUUAUCAAAUAUUUUCCUAGGACUAUGGCAUUGCAAAGUAAAAGGAAAUGAUUCAGCCACACUUUAACAGACCUUUGAACUCUGCAGAUAUGAUUAUUACUUUCUGUAAAUUAUAGGAAGUUCAAGCUAGUUUGCAAAGAACAGGGAAUUUUGUUUUAAAAUAGUUUGCAGAGUGUAAGUUUCAACAGAAGAAGCAUGUGUACAAAUCUUGGAACAAGAAACAUUGUGGCAUUUCUCUGAAACUGACUUUCUUUGUGUAUUACUAAAACUUCUAGCUAAUUUUCCUGGAAAAGUCUUUGCUAAGCUCUCCUGUUUAAUAGUUAUUGUAUUACAUGUAAGUUCACAAAUCUUGUAGUACCUGGUUUCCCUGUGUACCUUACAUUACAGGCCUGGCUUUUUAUACAUCUUUCGAGAGUUCGCUGUAGUCCAGUUGUCUUAAACUCAACACUGCAAAAGAUAAAUGCAAAGAAAAGGAGGAUGCAUAAAAAUUUGAGAAUUAGGUUGGAUAUUGGCUGGCAGUCUUCACUUUGGACACCUCAGUCACAGCAAGCACACUUAUGCAUUACAAUAGUAAUAGAUAUGUAGCCAUAUUAGUCUGGUCUAGCUUAAACAAAAAACAGGACUGUGUAGCACUUUA